UGAUUAUUCAACAUGGCUCAACGCUACCCGAACUGACCGAAUGCAUGUAAAGAAAGAAAUCUGAAUGCAUCAAUUAAUGGAGCAAUUUUGCUCACUGACAUCCGUCAAAUAAGAUGAAGUUUCGAGUGCAGCUGCAGUGUAAGAACUUGCACGAGUACCUGAGGGAACUGAGUCCAGAGAUCCUCGACAGACUCUACAAUCAUCCCGCAACAUGUCUGGCCGUCUACAGGGAACUUCCAGCAUUGGCAAAGAAUUAUGUAAUGCGGAUGCUGUUUUUAGACCACCCCCUUCCACAGGCUGCGGUCGCACUGUGGGUUAAGAAAGACAGUCAAAAAGACCAUGAUCAGUGUGUGUCUGUGUUAAGCGGCCUACGGCUGUGGCACAGUCAGCAGCUUCAGGGUGGACUCCAGGGCUUUGUGCUCAACCCUGUGUUUAAAGACAAUCUUAGGAUAGCACUGCUGGGCGGAGGUAAACCGUGGGCAGAUGAGGGCAGCAGUCUGGGUCCUGAUCGCCAUGCCAGGGACGUAGAGAGUCUCGACCGCUAUGCAAUGGAGCGAUGGGAGGUCAUCCUUCAUUUCAUGGUGGGCUCACCCAGUGCUGCUGUCAGCCAGGAUCUGGCACAGCUCCUCUCACAGGCUGGGCUCAUGAGGAGUGAGGCUGGUGACGCUCCAUGUAUCACAUCAGCAGGGUUCCAGUUUCUGCUACUAGACACAGCGUCUCAACUGUGGUACUUCACUCUACAGUACCUUAAUACAGCACAGUCAAGAGGGAUGGACCUGGUGGAGAUUCUUUCCUUUUUGUUCCAGCUGAGUUUUUCCACUCUUGGUAGAGACUAUUCUGUGGAGGGAAUGAGUGAGUCUCUACUCACAUUUUUGCAGCAUCUGCGAGAGUUUGGCCUGGUUUUCCAAAGAAAGAGGAAGUCAAGGAGGUACUACCCAACAAGGUUGGCUAUAACUCUAGCUGCUGGCGUCACAGCAAACCCCACCUCUGGCUCUGCCUCCUCUGCACUGGGAGCCACACCCGGAACAGGAGACACAGGCUUCAUCGUUGUAGAAACCAACUAUCGCAUCUAUGCGUACACAAACUCUGAGCUACAGAUUGCACUGGUAGCUCUUUUUAGUGAGAUGCUGUAUCGGUUUGCUAAUGUGGUGGUUGCACAAGUAACCAGAGAGUCAGUGCAGCAGGCCAUUUCUAACGGCAUUACUGCACAGCAGAUAAUUCACUUCUUAAGGACCCGAGCACAUCCAGUAAUGCUUAAACAGACCCCUAUCCUCCCCCCGACCAUCACAGACCAGAUCAGACUGUGGGAGCUGGAGAAAGAUCGCUUACAGUUCACUGAGGGAGUAUUAUACAACCAGUUUUUAUCCCAGGCUGAUUUUGAAGUGCUGCGGGAUAGGGCUCAGGGUUUAGGUGUAUUGGUGUGGCAGAACCCCGCUCACAGGGUCAUGGUGGUGACACCACAUGGACACAGCGAGGUCAAGAGAUUCUGGAAAAGACAGAAGAGUCAUACAUAAAGAAAAAAACAGACCUGAAAAAGAACAAGAUUCAUCAUUCCCUUGAAGGUGCUGAGAAUAACACAAACCCACUCGGUACAGACUCAUCACUGAGUUAUUGCUUAUAGAGACAGAGGACAAACUUGCAGUGUGGAGGAAAAGAUUCCAGUUUGUAUGUAUUUAACUAUAAUACAUUAAUAUUCAUGUAAAAAAAACACCUUGUUUUAAAAAGCUUUGAUAUUGACCAAGCUGCUUAUGCUGUGUACAUUAUUGCACCCUUAUUGACUGAUUUUGCUUUUGUAAUCCUAUGCCCUUUGCUAGAUUACUUGUUUGUGUCUGAGGAAAAUGGACUAAAAUAAAUACAGUUUAU